AGGUUUAAACUUUUUUUUAUAUCUUCCACAGGUAUAAACGAAAGAUAUAUACAGAAUGACCACCAAUCCCAUUGCCCACAACCAGCACCACGACGAUGACUACUACGAAGGGAUUAAGAACCAACGAUGCGGAGUCAAAGACGACUACGACCACGAAAAUGUCGAAAUUGAAUACGUAAUCGAAAAUGUCCUCUUUGAACGUCAGGAACAGCCUCACCAUCAGCAUCAACAUCAGCUACAGAAUCAACCAUCAUCCGAUACUGUUGAAUAUGAAAAUCUUUCAGAUGCAUUUAAUUCAGUUCUUCUGAACUCUUGCUCUUGUACGAGUACAUCAGGAAAAUCAGUAGAAGGUGCCUGUGGCACAUACGCAACAUGUCCACAUGGUGGCAAUUACAUUUCAUCUCGCACCGAACUUGUCCUCAAUCCGGACCGGCAUAGCCAUGAUCUCAUAUACGAGUGCUCGGUUUCUUGUAAAUGUGAUCCGGGUUCCUGUGACAAUCGACUUGUCCAGUUCGGCCCUCGAUUGGAUUUGGAGAUAAUUGCCUCGAAACUGCUGCAUAAACAAUAUGCCUUGCGAACCAAUGCCCCCAUUCCACGUGGAGCGUUUGUGUGCGAGUAUGCCGGUGAGUUACUUACUCGUUCAGAGGCCCAACGAAGGAUGAAGGACUAUGAGCACCAGCUUGAAAGUGGAGCUGGUGCGGAGGGAGAGAAAGAACCGAAGGAUUGCAAUAAAAUGAAUUAUGUUCUCUGUCUGAAUGAAUAUUCAUUAGAUGGUGAAAAUGCAUCCUCUUCCAGUUCCUCAACUUCGUCCUUCCAGCAGACAUUUGUGGAUCCACGUCUCCGAGGAAAUAUCGGAAGGUAUCUGAAUCACAGCUGCCACCCAAAUUGUGAGAUAUUAAGUGUCCGCGUGGACUGCCCCAUUCCAAAAAUAGGAAUAUUCGCAAAACGAGAUAUCGAUGCAGGAGAAGAGCUGUGCUUUCAUUAUAACGAUGGUGUUGGUGUCGGUGAUGUUGUUGGUGGAGUGCAUCCAAGUAAAAGUAAUGUAAAUGCUAAGUCGAUUCCUUGCCUCUGUGGAUCCGACAAUUGCGAAAAUUUUCUGCCGAAUCUGGAAUUCUGAUAUUGUGAAAAGUAUGGGGGUUUUGUUGGAUAUAAUUAAGAAAGAGGAGGAGGACUAUUAUACAAUAAAGGACUAAAGGUGCAUUUUCAUCAAAAUGAAGAAUAAAUGUUUUCUGUAUAUACACAGAAUUUUGCAUUUCGAAUUGUAAACUAAAUUAAAUCCUCUUGUGAAUUAUAUAUUUAAAUGUUAAAAAAUGUUUUUCAACCCCGUUUUGUUAUAGAUGAAAUGGCCAAAAGGUGAAUAUUAAAUGAACAUUAAUCAACUUGUAUACAAUUUGCAUCCUGGAUUUUAUCAUUUAUUUUUUUUUUUAAAUAAAACAUUUUGAGCUGCAAAAUGCUAUGCAAAAA